AUGCUAGAUUUCGACAAGCGAGUCGAGGCGCUUCUCGAAUGGAUUAAAUACACCGAGGACGACAGGAAACCGUCCACUCAUUCAUUCAUAUCUCCCAAAAUCACAGUUAAAAAUGUAGAGGACUCCGGUAGGGGUAUCUAUGCCGCCACGGCCUCGGGCAUUUCGCCCCAUGAGCUCAUCAUGAACAUUCCUCACGCCUUUUUGCUCAACUUUACCACCGUGUUGAACCACAUUGCCAAGUUCAACAAGAUGGAGUUGGAUAGACAUGUCUAUGUUCCGUACGACGUGAAGGAGGACGAGUUUACGGAAAUUUACAAGCAGCUUACAAAGCCAGAGCUAUUGCGACUAUCCUCGUUUCAACUUUUGGGGAUGUACUUGACGUUUGAGCGCAAGAGGCCGCAUUCGUAUUGGAAGCCUUUCAUAGACAUGUUGCCCGAGAUGGGUGAAUUUGAGUUGAUGCCGAUUAGAUACAGCCAAGAUUUGAAACGGCUACUUCCAGACACCACGAGGCAGAUGAAUGACAAGCUCGAAAAGAGAUUUGAAAACGACUACGACAUGGUUGUAAAAUUGCUCAGCUCAAAAACAACAGCUGAGACCGUUUCGAAGCUACUACCGAAAGAAGAGUUCUUGUUAUCGUGGCUAUGUAUUAACUCGCGUUGCUUGUACAUGGACCUCCCCACUAGUCACGAGUCGCUGGAUAAUUUCACAAUGGCUCCCUACAUUGACUUUAUUAAUCACUCGUGCGAUGACCAUUGCACGUUGAAAAUAGACGGGCGAGGGUUCCAGAUCACCACGACAAACUCAUACGCUAGCGAUGAGCAAUUGUUCCUCAGCUAUGGUCCACACUCCAAUGAUUUUUUGUUGACGGAGUAUGGAUUCACAGUGCCCGAGAACAAAUGGAACGACCUUGACAUAUCGCGGUACAUCCUACCGCUUUUGAAGCCUGCAACUGUAGUGGACUUUUUGAAAGAUGCCGAUUACUACGACACCUACACGUUGAAUAGAGACGGGUUGUCUUUUAGAACCGAGGUUGCCUUGGCUACACUCCAGGAAUCGAACCCUGCAGAGUCGAGGCGAUUGAGAGCUCUUAUAAAUGGGAAUAUAGACAGUACAGUAUACAAGAGACACUCACAAAUCGUGCUUGCUGAAAUUCUAAAGAAAGUGAUCCACGAAGCCGAAAAUCAUCAGUACUUGGAGUUUGCCAAUGAUGCUGAUCCUGUGAAGCAGGCACAAAUGCGGGCAAUCGGAUCGCUCUAUAAGGAUAGACUCUUGCUUGCCAGGAGAGUUCUCGAGCAGAAACUAGACAAGUAG